UCAGCUCUCGCCUGACAGUCGGCACUUUCUCUUACAUGGUCAGAGAGUGCUUGCGAUAAAGCGCCUGUCUGCUGCCUGCUCCGUUUACAUGAUGAAGAACCUUCAUUUUAAGGAUUUCUUCUGGAACUCGGACCUGACCUCCACUAUCGGGUAUGAUGCCAUCAUUCAGUAUCUCAAUGAUGGCAAGAGGACAUGCAAGGAGGUGGAGGAUUUCAUGAAAGCCAGGGCAUCAGUUGAAGAGAAGUAUGCCAAAGAACUCCUUAGUUUGUCCAAGAAGGUGUGUGGACACAGUGAGAUGAACACAUUAAAGAGAUCCUUGGACAUGCUGAAAUUACAGACUGAACAAGUGAGUCUGUCACAUUUACAACUGGCCCAAAACAUGAGGGAGGAGGCCAAGAAACUGGAAGACUUCAAAGAAAAGCAGAAAGAAGCUAGGAAAAAGAUAGAACAACAAAUGGAUGCUCUCCACAAACAGAGGUCCUCACAGUACAAGAAGACAAUGGAUUCAAAAAAGACUUAUGACCAGAAGUGUCGAGACAAAGAAGAAGCGGAUCAGAACGUGAACCGAAACACCAACACCAACAACACCAAGCACAUGGAAAAGCUCUAUGCAAAAGCACAGCAAGCAAAACAGAACGCAGAAGAAGCAGACAAGUUAUACCAGCAGAAUGUCACUACACUGGGAAAGAUUAGAGAUGACUGGAUAAAGGAGCAUAUCAAAGCCUGUGAGGUGUUUGAAAAGCAGUCAGUGGAGCGGAUCAACUUUCUGAGAAACACGGUCUGGACUCACCUCAACCAGUUAUCCCAGCAAUGUGUGACCAGUGACGAGCUGUAUGAGGAAGUGAGGAAGUCACUAGAGCAGUGUGACAUCCAGGAAGAUAUUGAACAUUUUGUAAACCUCAGACAGACUGGUGAUAAACCACCAGUUCCAGUUGUGUAUGAGAACUUCUAUAGUGGUCAGAAAUCACCAACUGGAGCACCAUCCUUUCGAAUGCCUCCACCAGUCAACAGGAGGGGACCAUUACCUGUGCCAGCACAGAACAGUAAUGAUGAUUCGCACUACUCAACAGUGGAGGACGCAGACUACAGUGUUAUCCAGUACUAGCACACAUAUGUGCUGGAGGAAUUACUGCACACACUGUGGACUGUUCUUUGUGUCAAACCUCAGGGUUACUUUGUACUUCUCCUCACUUCCUCUUUUAUGAUUUCCUGUAAAAGGAAGGUCAUACCAGAGAGGAAAAUUUGUGUCAUAAAUGCACAUAGAGUUUCAGGUUUAAGUGAUAGUGAACAUUUUAUUUUGGAACGCUUGAUUCGGUUUUUGAAAUUAGAACAGACUUAAAUGGUGAUGCUUUUGCAGUAGGUUAGUGAUAACAUCUACAUCUAUAGCUGUAUUGUUGAAUUCCUGUAUAAAUGUAGGGGCUCAUUGUGCCUUUUAAUAUGUCGGUGUCAUGCAAGGUUCUUUCUUCUACAUAACUCCAUCACACUUUACUUUUAAGUAUUUAAAAAAUAGCCUAUUCAUAUUUGAAACACAAUAAGAUACUGUGUAAUCUAGGUUUCAUUUCCCCUUAAGUAUGAAAGUGUCACGUCAGCUGACAGGUAUACGAGAAAGCCUCAUGCACACUCUCAGCAGACACACCCUAGUCAAGUGCAACCUGCACCCAACACUUUUUCAGUCAUUUUAAGGGUUUUAUGCUCUGAACCGACGUUCCUGUAAUUAAAAUGCGUGUGAUGAUGAUUUAUAAUAUAUUUCUGGGUAUUGGAGGAGGAUUUUAAGAGUUUCACUGUGUUUUUGUGUUUUUUUCUUCUGCCCAUAUUAACGACUUCUAAUUUGUAGCAAAAAGUAAAUAGAUAGCAUUUGAUUCUGUGACCAAUCUGCUGUUGGUUUUUGUUAAAAACAUUGUUCUUCACUGCACUUCUUGAGACAUUUGUAUUCAUUAAACAGUGUUUUUACAAUGCUGUACAAAAAUCUUUAGACACCCCUCAUUCCUUUAAAUUUAAUAAGUGCAACAAUUUAUUUAAACGUGUGCAAACAAACAUGGAAAUAAAGUGUACAAUUCUAAUGAGUUUGAAAGUCAAUAGUACGAUCACAUUUAUUCUUCAACAAGCCUGAACUCUUUUAGUCAAAAGUGCUUCUAAUUUCUUUAAAUAGUGUACAGGAAUAGUUCUCCAGGCUUCUUGACGGACAUUCAAAGCUCUUCUUUAAAUGUUCACUGCCUUUUGUUCUUUUCUCUCUCAAGAUGAUCCCACACUGUUUCAGUAAUGUUGAGAUACAGGCCUCUGGGGAGGCCAAUCCAUGACUGUUAGUGGGCAUUUUUAUGUUCAGGCAUGCCUUUACUUCAGUGCAAGUGUGUUUAGGAUCACGUGUUUGUGUUUGUCAUGCUAAGAGAUAAAGCUAUUGCCAUCGCA